UUUGGGAACCGGGAAGGCUCCUUCCCCAACAAGCCAGGCAGCCAGCUGAGCCACCCCACCCGCGUUCGGGCACCGUCGUCGUGCGCGCCUCAACUCAAAAACACAAACGGAAAACCAGAACCCCAGCACCACGCCCGACGCCGCCUCAAUCAACCCUCGCCUCCCCCCAUUUCUCUCCGCCUCCCGCUUUCCCGUCGCCGACGCCCAGAGACACCCACCCGCAAUCUGGCCUACCGCGGCGGCGAUGGCGACGGGCGGCGGGUGGGCGCCGGCACGGUCCGUCGAAAGGCAUGGCGCGCCCCGGGGCGGCGGCACGAGGUCCAAGUCGGUCGCGCCAGGUCUACGCCGCCCCUCCCCGUCCCCUGCGAGGUCGCGGGCCGCCACCGACAACGGCGGCAGCGCAGAUUCGUGCAGAGUGAGAGUUGCUGUAAGGCUCCGGCCGAACAAUUCAGAGGAUUUAGCUCAUGGCUCUGACUUUGAUAGUUGUGUUGAAUUGCAGCCUGAGUCCAAGAGGUUGAAACUGAAGAAAAAUAACUGGAGUUGUGAAUCCUACAAAUUCGAUGAGGUUUUCAGUGAAAACGCUUCACAGAAACGUGUGUACGAAGUUGUUGCAAAGCCAGUGGUUGAGAGUGUAUUAGAAGGCUAUAAUGGGACAGUAAUGGCCUAUGGUCAAACAGGUACUGGCAAAACGUAUACAGUUGGUCGACUUGGAAAAGAUGACCCUUCUGAACGUGGUAUAAUGGUCAGAGCAUUGGAGCACAUACUUUCUAGUAUGUCUUUUGAGACAGAUCGUGUUGCAAUAUCAUAUCUACAGUUGUACUUAGAAUCUGUUCAAGAUUUACUGGCUCCAGAGAAGACUAAUAUUCCAAUUGUAGAGGAUGCAAAAACCGGUGAAGUUUCCUUGCCAGGUGCUGCAAUAGUUGAAAUUAAAGACCUUGAACACGUUUUUCAUCUUCUACAAAUUGGUGAGGCAAAUCGUCAUGCUGCCAAUACUAAGAUGAAUACAGAGUCAUCUCGUAGCCAUGCAAUUUUAAUUAUCCAUUUGCAAAGGAGUUCAAGAAUAAAAGAGGAAAAGAGCUCUUUAUCUAAUGAUAUGCAUGACAUUUUCCCUGAUGAUUUGCCACUUGUUCUCAAAAGUAAACUCUUGAUUGUCGACCUUGCUGGAUCAGAACGAAUUGAUAAAUCAGGAAGUGAAGGUCACAUGAUUGAAGAAGCCAAGUUCAUCAAUCUCUCAUUAACUUCCUUAGGAAAGUGCAUUAAUGCACUAGCAGAAAACAGUCCGCAUAUACCAACAAGAGAUUCAAAGCUUACAAGGAUAUUCCGUGAUUCAUUUGGAGGGACCGCUAGGACUUCUCUUGUUGUGACAAUAGGUCCAUCUUCUAGACAUUACUCAGAAACUUCAAGCACGAUUAUGUUUGGGCAGAGGGCGAUGAAAGUAGUGAAUACAAUAAAGUUGAAGGAGGAGGUCGAUUACAAAAUUCUUUACAAGAAGAUGGAGCGUGAGGUUGACCAACUCACAUCAGAGAUGGAGAGACAACAGAAGCUCAUAAAAAGUGAGAAGAUGCAAUUGGAUAAAAAGUUGAAAGAAUCUGAGGGGUCCUUCCAUGAUUUAAGAAUGACCUCCAAUAUACGAAUCGAGAAUCUGGAGAAGGAAAAAUGUGAAUUGGAAUCUACAGUCAAAACUUUGAUGCGGGACUUAGAGGAAGAGAGAGGCCAAAAGAAUAUGUUAUCUGAACAGAUCGCGGAGCUUGAAAAAUUGCUCGACGAAAACAAGCAGCAGCAGCAGCUUGAGAACCUCUCAAGAACGAAAGUUCUUACUGAUACCACCAAAGAGCAUGAGAAGAAAAUGGAGGAAUUGCUGAGGCAACUUCAGGAAGAAAGGCAUUGUUCAUCAAGCUUGAAAGACCGUAUGAGCAUACUACAACAGGAACUGUGUGAUGCUCAGAGUUCUACCCAGUUGCAGGAAAGCAUGGCCCGUGAAUUGGAGAAGAAAUUAACCGAAGUGACUGAAGAAUUUACAUGUCAAGUACAAUCAUUAAAAGAAAAAAUCAGCGAACUCAUUUCAGAGAAGGAAGUGAUAUAUAAAGAGCUGAAGUCUACUCAAGAAAAGGUGCAGCAGGAAAUGUGGCAGAGGCAAGGCCUUGAAGAUCAAAUCCUAAGGUUGAAACAGUCCACAUCUGAUAAUUUUGCUGAAGAGUCUAAAACAUCAGAUUGUAUGGUUAGAACUGGAUCUGGAUUAGGCAAUGCAACUUUUGUGUCCAAAUCAGGAAAAAUAAGAGAGGCUCUAUCUGGUCAGAGGGGUACCAUAUCAAAGAUAUUUGAAGUUGGUCUUCCAAACGUGCUUGCUCUGUUGAAGUCUGAGGAUCUAGAUGUGCAGAUCCAUGCUGUCAAGGUGGUUGCUAAUCUUGCUGCUGAAGAUAUUAAUCAGGAAAAAAUUGUUGAGGAAGGAGGACUCGAUGCUCUUCUAUCCCUUCUAGAAACAUCAGAAAACACCACUAUUUAUCGAGUCACAGCUGGUGCUGUUGCUAACUUGGCAAUGAAUGGAUCAAACCAGGGUGUGAUUAUGAACAAAGGUGGAGCUCGAUUAUUAGCAAAUGUUGCUUCCAAAACUGAGGAUCCUCAAACUUUGCGAAUGGUGGCUGGUGCGAUUGCCAAUUUGUGUGGGAAUGAAAAGUUGCACUUGAUGUUGAAACAAGAUGGUGGAAUAAAAGCACUACUAGGAAUGGUUCGCAGUGGACAUGCUGAUGUCAUACCCCAGAUAGCACGAGGAAUAGCAAACUUUGCAAAAUGUGAAUCACGGGUGAUAAGCCAAGGUCACAGGAAAGGAAGGUCCCUUCUCAUCGAAGACGGUGUCCUUACUUGGAUGGUGGCCAAUUCGACUAGGUUUUCUGCUUCCACAAGAAGACACAUUGAGCUUGCCUUUUGCCAUCUGGCUCAGAACGAAGACAACACCUGUGAUAUCAUUGCUUCUGGGGGAAUCAAGGAGCUGCUUCGCAUAUCAAGAGAGUCCCCGAGAGAUGAUGCACGUAAUUUAGCUAAGAAGGCUUUAGAUUCAAAUCCAGCAUUUCUAAGAGAGGUCCAAUGAGUUUUCUCUUGGUAUCAUUAUGAUCAGGAAGUAAAGCUAUCCUUGUGGAGUUGUUCAUGAGAGUAUGAAUUCCUAUGUUAUGAUGUUCUUUGCCAUUGCCAUUCUCACAAGUCCCCGUGCCCCUUCUCACCAGCACACAUAACUAGGGGAAGAAAAUUGUCCUUGUGGAUGGCCAGAUGUUGGGCUCAUACAAGUUAGCCCUUCAGUUUCUCAUAUGUAAAAGGUUCGAGAUGACUACACUGGGAUGCGCAAGUACUGGCCUACGGAAGGUGCGGUGGUUCCUGUCAGAUUACGCCCGUGCUACACCAAAUACGACCGCGAGAAGUUCGUCAGCUACAGUGACCACUUCCAUGACGACGACAUAGCCGCACUGCUCCGCCACGCCUAUCAGACUCAUUGCAUAGGCUAUAGGUCCUCCAAAGCAUGUGCGUACGAUUGCUUCUUGAAUUCGCCACCUGGACCGAUCAACUUAGAUUCCUGCUAAUGUCUGUUCUGAAUCGUAUUAUCCCU